AUGCCGAAGCUGAGGAUGCUCUUGAAACAGAGAAUCCCCUACCCAAAGGUGUUGCCUAGGAAAGAAGACAGGCAUGGACGGACCACCAUUGUGGCCAAAGAUAAAGUCCAUCCAGAAAGCAAUUUUGAUGACUUCAACUUAGAAGAUGCUUUUGUAACUACAAAGAAGCCUCUUCCGUCUCGGAAGCCACCACCAUCAGAUUUGGAUGACCCCAAGCCAGGUCCGCCUGCAAAUCCUAGAGACACUGAUAACCCCAAGCAAGGUCCGCCUGCAAAUCCUAAAGACACUGGCAACCUCGAUGAUUCAGAUCUGUAUGAUGGCAGUUUACCAAAAGGAAGAGGCGAUGGUAGUGGCAGCAAUGUUUCUGAGGGAGCAAUAGCUGGAAUUGUAAGUGCUGUGUUUGCUACUGUAAUUGGAGCAGUAUCUAGUUUCAUUGCUUACCAGAAGAAGAAACUCUGUUUCAAACAAAGCGCAGAUGAAGAGAAUGUGAAUAUGGAAAGCCAUCGGGGAGCACAAUCUGAGCCACCUGGUAAGAGAAGAAUCUAG